AUGGCAAAUUGGAGUCACCCUUCUGAAUUUGUCCUCUUGGGCUUCUCAUCUUUUGGUGAGCUGCAGGUUCUGCUGUAUGGGCCCUUCCUCACACUUUAUCUUCUUGCCUUCGUGGGAAACACCAUCAUCAUCACCAUGGUCAUAGCUGAUGCCCACCUCCGGACUCCCAUGUACUUCUUCCUGGGCAAUUUCUCCCUGCUAGAGAUCUUGGUGACCAUGACCACCAUGCCCAGGAUGCUCUCAGACCUGCUGGCGCCCCGGAAAGUCAUUUCCUUCAGUGGCUGCCUCAUCCAGUUCUACUUCUACUUUUCCCUGGGAUCCACCUCCUUUCUCAUCCUGGCAGACAUGGCCCUUGACCGCUUUGUGGCCAUCUGCCACCCACUGCGCUAUAGCAUCUUGAUGAGCUGGGCCGUGUGUGUCCGGCUGGCAGGGGCCGCCUGGGCAGCUCCUUUCCUGGCCAUGGUGCCCACUGUCCUCUUCCAGGCCCAUCUCAAUUAUUGCCACGGCAAUGUCAUUAACCACUUCUUCUGUGACAAUGUGCCUCUGCUGCAGCUGUCCUGCUCAGACACCAGUCUGCUGGAAUUCUGGGACUUCCUGAUGGCCUUGGCCUUUGUCCUCAGCUCCUUCCUGGUGACCCUCGUCUCCUAUGGCUACAUCGUGACCACUGUGCUGCGGAUACCCUCGGCCAGCGGCCGCCAGAAGGCUUUCUCUACAUGUGCGUCUCACCUCACCCUGGUCUUCGUUGUUUACAGCACCACUAUCUUCCUAUACAUCAGGCCUGGCAAGGCACACUCUGUGGAGGUCAACAAGACCGUAGCCUUGGUGACGUCCGUCCUCACUCCCGUCUUCAACCCCUUUAUCUUUACCCUCCGCAAUGAGACAUUCCAGGCGGUGCUGCGGGGACAGAUGCAGAGACUGAAAGGCCUCCACAAGGCACGGCAGUGA